GCAAAACACAUAAAGAUUUAGAAACUCAGUUUCUUCCCCUGUUAGAUAAGGGACAGUGAUAUUUGGAAUCCUAUCCCUCCAAGACUUGUAAGGAAUGUACUCUGAAAGUCUAAAAGGAAGUUGUGAAUAACAUCACCAUCAAGAGACUUAAUUCCCAGUGGUGAUUCUGUAACCUUUUAACUAAGUCACUUUAUCUCUUCAGAUGUCACUUUUCCCAUCUGUGAGAUGAAAGAGUCAGAUUGGAUUAAGGGAUUAAUCUGUUUUAUUCACAUUUUUCCCAUCACUUUAUUAAGUCCAGAUGAUGAACAAAACAAUCAAAUCCCAAUUUGUAGCAUUUGCAGGUUUACAAAGUAUAAACACCCAUACUAAAUAUUUAACAAGUUAGGGCAGCUAGGUGGCGCAGUAUAUAGAGCACUACCCCUGAAGUCGAGAGGACCUGAGUUCAAAUCUGCCCUCAGACACUUAACACUUCCUAGCUGUGUGACCCUAGGCGAGUCACUUAACCCCAACCGCUUCAGCAAAAAAUAAAAUAAAAUAAAAUAAUUAACAAGUGGCUGCCCCAGGUGAGCUGACUCUGACACAGUCUUGCACUAACAUGGUCUCCCUAAACAUCUAGCCCCUUGUGACACUUAAUGUUCAGUAUCCAGCAUGGAAUAGAAAGAAGAAAAUGAUGGGUUUGCCCAUCAGCAUGGAAGGUUGCCCAGCCACAGGCUGAGCAUCCCUAGCUGGGGCACCCUGGGCAGGGUCUCCUGUGUAUCUGGUCACAGCCCCACCCACACUGGCACAAUGCCCCGUCCCGUGCUUUUUAUCCAGACUUAGUCUUCCUUGAACGCGGACUCAGUCCGUCUGUCCUCCUGCAGUGAACCUGGACUUCCCGUGAGCAGAACAGACCAGUCAGGCCCUCCCCUUGUGGUUUCCCUGUUUGCUGAGGGCUGCAGCGGGGACUGGCCUGGAGGGGGUGGGGAGAGAGCCGCCCAGCUGCCUGGGGAUUUGCAAACCAGCUCAGGGAGAGCCAGGGUGGGGGUUGGCAGGGGGCAGAACUGGAGACACGGGCAGUGAGGGAGAGACAGCCGCCGCCCCAAGGCCUCCAGACUGGGGCCUCCAGGACCCUGAGACAUGAGGCCAGGGGGCCCCGUGAGAACAGCGGAGCAUCUGAGGCAGGCGUGUGCCCGCCAUCGUCCCGGGCAGCCACCGGCAACCAGGGGCCAGGCCGGAGGGGUAGGCUCAGAGGCUGACUGAAGGCAGGAAGACCGGGCUCCCAGUCCCUGGUUCCCUGGAGGAGGGAAGCGUGAUGGAUAAGUUCCGGAUGAUAUUCCAGUUUUUGCAGUCUAACCAGGAGUCCUUCAUGAACGGCAUCUGUGGGAUCAUGGCUCUGGCCAGCGCCCAGAUGUACUCAGCCUUUGACUUCAGCUGCCCCUGCCUGCCUGGGUACAACCUGGCCUACAGCGGGGGCAUCCUUCUGGCCCCUCCCUUGGUGCUCUUCCUGCUGGGACUGGUGAUGAACAACAACAUCUCCAUGCUGGCCGAGGAGUGGAAGCGGCCCACCGGCCAGCGGCAUAAGGACCCCGCCGUGCUGCGCUAUAUGUUCUGUUCCAUGGCCCAGCGGGCACUGAUCGCACCUGUGGUCUGGGUCGCCGUCACCCUGUUGGAUGGCAAAUGCUUCCUGUGUGCCUUCUGUACCGCCGUGCCCGUGGCUGCUCUGGGAAACUCCAGCCACGUCCCCAACCUGGCUCAGCAGGAGGUGGUCAGGCUGCUGGCUCGCAUCCCCUGCCGGGAGAUCUAUGACGGGGACUGGCUCCUUGCCCGAGAAGUGGCCGUCAGAUAUUUGCGCUGCAUUUCCCAGGCUCUGGGCUGGACCUUUGUGCUGCUGACCACCCUCCUGGCAUUUCUCGUGCGGGCCGUCCGUCCCUGCUUCACUCAGGCUGCCUUCCUCAAGAGCAAGUACUGGUCCCACUACAUCGACAUCGAGCGCAAGCUCUUCGACGAGACCUGCACGGAGCACGCCAAGGCCUUCGCCAAGGUCUGCAUCCAGCAAUUCUUUGAAGCCAUGAACCACGACCUGACACUGGGUCACUCCCACCCAGGACCGGCCAAGGCCGCUGCCGAGGGCACAGAGGAGGAGCGAGGGAAGCUCCAUGGCAUUACCGACCAGGGCACCAUGAACCAGCUGCUCAAAAGCUGGCACAACUGUAAGCCCCCACUGCGGCUGGACCGGGAGGAGCCACUCCUGGAGAACGGGUGGGCCGGCGGGGCACCUGGGCCCGAACCAGCCCCCAUCCUGAGGAAGGAGGUAGCCACCUACUUCAGCAAAGUGUGAGGGAGCAAGGCCGCGGCUCCAGAGAUAAGCUACAGGUCGGCAGGCCCCCGCAGGCUCAGGGCUGGCUUUAUGAAAUGGGGCAGACAUCCAUCGGCCUCCCAUGCUACCAGUCAGAGGUGGGUUUCUUGAGAUCAGUCACAGCAAAGAUUGAAAAGCACUUUUCAUGAGCCAGGGAUUCCUGUAGAUGGGGAAAAUAAUCACUGGAGCUGAAAUGAUUAGUCUCACUGGUCAGGGUUCUGAAUGUUCCAGGUCCCCUCCUCCAAAAAGGAGGAAUUUCUGAUGUGGGAGCUGAGAGAGAGAAGUAGGGAUGGCUUGUUCCAACUCAACCUUCCAGUUUCACUAUUUCCCUUCCCUUAAAAAAAAAUUCACUUUUCAUAGAGAGAUACAACUAGCAGUGUUAAUCAGAAUAGAUCAGAGUGGGAGCAGUUGGGGGAAGAAGAUAGGGAUGGACUUUUGAACAUCCCAGCCUUUCUCCAAAGCCCCUUUCCGAACAGGGGGCUUUAGCCCUUGUCUCUUCUCAGCUAGAACUGGGUAAGCAGUUCUAAUGUUCCAGGAAUGUUUCUUGGGAAUAUCAAUCACCUGCCUAUAACUGAAAAGUCACAAGAACUGAGAUUUGUCUUUUGAGCUGAAGAGAGAGAAAAUGAGGAACUUUCAUUCUAGACCUUGCCUACACAUCUCCUGCCAUGUGAGGUCGUGCACCUGGAGCAGUACCUGGAGACUGAAAAUUCUGCUCCAGCCCCAGUGACCUGCACAGAUGAUGUUCAUAAUGAUAAUUUUGUGGCUUUGGGGAAAAGCUUUUCUCCUUCUCUGGAGUUUGGGGAGCUUGUUGUAUAUUUCUCAACACCCCUUGCUAGCUUCCUUUGAGAUGAGGAUCUGGAAGGCUUCUGUGUUUUACAAACAGGGAAACUGAGACUUGGAAUGAUGAAGCAGUAUCCCCCAUAAGGUCUAGGCCCUCUGGAAUUCUUCAGGCUCAAGGAUUUUGAGAUAAGUCCCCUCCAUUUAAUUAUAACCAGGAUCUGAGCUUGGGCCACUCUGAGUUCUGGAAAUGAUGUACAGUCCCAAGCCGUUUCCACUGUGACUGCAGGAGCUGGAGUGAGAGAACUAUCACCUCCUUUGAUCCUCACCUCCUCAACAUUGGGCAACACCUGGCUAGAUGUCACCCAUCAUUAUGGGCCAGCAUAGGCACUAUGGCAGCUUUCAAAGAGUGACCUAUUGUGAGACUGUGUCUUUAGGAACUGAGAGAUAGAGUAAGGGAUCUUUAUGGCAACCCUCCUAUCUGGAAGGAUAGGAAUACAAGGAGAGGUAUAAAGUCUACCUCUUUAAAAUAUAUAUCUUAUAAAACAUUUCUCCUAUAAAAUAUCAAAAGUGUAAGAAUGCCUUUGUGAGUGAGAAUAAUCCAAAUUUAACAUGUGAAUAGCUCUGAGAGAGGACACACAUCCAGUCCUCAAAAUUUCAGGGAAGUUAAUAAAUUGUUUAUUUAAAUGAACAUUUACUAAGGCCUACUAUAUUUAGAACAGAAUAACUAGGUUCUGAGUGAAAUUAUUUAUCAUCUUUCAGUCUCACUCCCAAGCUUUGGGAUCCCACAAUGUCAUUUCUUAAGUCUUCAGCCUAUCCUUCUCCCAAAAGGGUAGAAAAUGGGAAGAAGCAAAGUCAUAACUAGAAUCCUGGGAAAAUUCAGGUAGCAGGAGGGAUUAGGAUUUAAAAACCAAACACCAUUGCCCAACCCUUCUCUAGUAGAAAUGGCUUAGUAUUUAAUCCCUUAAUCAAAACCAGUGCUAAAAAUGUUAAAUUUAACAUCUCCCCUAAGAGGAAGCCUAUGUAAUAGGUUCUGUAUCAUAGAAUUGGAGCUAAAAAGAAUUUAAGGACAUUGAAUACAAACGCCUACCCACCCACCCACUCCAUUCUACAGAUGAGGAAGAUGAGGCACACACUUUGUCCAGGGUCACACAAUUAAUACAAGUCUGAAGCGACAUUUGAACCCAAUACUUAAGGCACAUAGAUAUAAGUAACUGAAAUGGGCUGUCCUCUAGGCCAAUACCCCCACUUCAACUGAAUUUGCUUGGCCAGAAGAAGGUGUAGAGUUGGGAAUGGUCUUAGUGACCUGCAAGCUUGAUAUGGAUCAACACUGUUGAUUAGAAAGCUAAUUCGUUCUUAAAUUACAUUACACACAGGACUAAUUCCAUUAGUGUCCAGGAAUAAGGAGUCCAUAGCAAGAUUCUGCUGUGGAUCCGACCAAAUCUGUAGUGUUUUCAGUUCUGGAUGCCGUAUUUUAGGAAGGAUAUUGAUAAACUGGAAAGUGUCCAGAUCAGGAUCACCAAGAUAGGGAAGGAAUUUGUAUCAUAUAAGAACUGACUGAAGGAUUGACUGAGAUGGUUACCUUGGAGCAGAGAAGCCUGGAAAGGAAAUGGAAAGAUACCUUUAAGAUUUUGAAGGUUCUUCAUUCAGUAAAUCCUUUGACUCUGCAGCUGAUGGGCUGCCAUUAAAGGGCAGUUAAGUCAGAGCUCUCCAAGAAGAGCAAAGCCCUUCCCACUCCAACCAAGUUCCUGAAAGUCAGACAUAACCUGGUGGUUCAGUCCCUGCCUCUUCAGCAGCUUCAGGUACAAAAGACCUGUGGUCCAUGCCAAAGUCCUUGGCCCCACUGAAUAGUUCAACACCAGAAACUGGUAUAUUUUAUGACUGGAAAUGACACUAAAGUGGAGGCAUUAUUAUUUGUCUUGUCGCUGAACCCCAAGAACUUUUGGACUUUUCCAACUGACUUGCAAAGGAAACCUCCUCUGGGUAUUAGGUCUCACUCUAGAAAGUGAGAUGCUUCUUUUUCUAUUUGAAUCCCUAGCACUUGACACAGAGCUUUGCAUACAAGAAGCAUUUAAUAAAUGUCAUCAAAUGCAUUCAAUGAAAAACAGAUCAGAUUUGUUCAGUGGCUCUCAGGACAGAAUUAAAAGCAAUAACCAGAAAUGGCAAAAUAAUAGAUUCAGACUUGAUAUGAAGAAAAUUUUCUUACAAUUGUUGAAAUGUUUCAGUCCUAAGUGGCUUUUUGUGACCCCAUUUGGGGUUUUCUUGGCAAAGAUCAUGGAGUGGUUUCCCUAUUUACAAUUAGGAAAAUCUCAAAUUGGAAUGGAGGGCAGCUGGCUCAAGGAAUAGAGCACUGGGCAUGGAGACAGGAAGACCUGAGUUCAAAUGUGGUCUCAGACA